CCGAAACCUUCUCUCCACUGCAGGAGAAAUCACUGGAACUCAGCAAUUAAAAUAUCACGAAAGACAUAGACAUCUACCAUUUAAAGGAUUGAGGAUCGCUUUUCACUACAAGCUCCAAGGAUUCUUCAAAUACUUCUUCUUCUUCAUCAUCCCUACGUUUCACCCUAGCUACUACAUACCUUCUCCAAUGAGCAGAAACAGAGCUUCCACUCCCCUUCACACCUUCUCUGAAUCCAUGAUGGAAGAAAACAUGGAAAGAGCCGAAUUCAUCAUCACCAAGUGGGAUAAAAACUCCUCCACCUUCACCAAACCCACCUCUCUCUUCCAAGAUAGCCGACACGAAGCCAAGGAAUUCCUCAAGUCCGUCAACCAAUUACAGCAAGCCAUGCGAUUCUUUGCCUCCAACAAAUCCUCCCCUGCAAAGCUCGUCCAAUCCCAGAGCCUCAUGCAGGUGGCUAUGAAGCGUCUCGAGAAGGAGUUUUACCAGAUUCUUUCCUCCAAUCGCGACCACCUCGACCCCGAAUCAGUCUCCGCUCGAUCCAGUAUCUCCGAUGAUGAAACCAGCCCCGAGGACGAGAUUCAGCGCGUCGGCGAAUCCUUCUCCGAGGUCGAGCAGUUCUCUACCCUGGCCAUGUCCGACCUCAGCGCCAUCGCUGGGUGUAUGAUCUCGUCCGGCUACGGCAAAGAGUGCGUUAAGAUUUACAAGGUCAUCAGAAAGUCCAUCAUCGAUGAGGCUCUCUAUAAGCUCGGAGUGGAGCGUCUCACCUCUUCGGAGAUCCCUAAGAUAGAAUGGGAGGUCCUCGAGAUCAAGAUCAAGAGCUGGCUCAAGGCCUUCAAGAUUGCAGUGAAAUCGCUCUUCCACGGCGAAAGAAUCGUCUGCGAUCACGUCUUCUCCUCCUCCGACUUCAUCCGGGAAUCCUGUUUCUCGGAUAUAACCAAAGAAGGAGCCGUUAAUCUCUUCCGGUUCCCGGAAUUCGUGUCCAAGUGCCACAAGUCACCGGAGAAGAUGUUCAGAAUGCUUGACCUCUAUAAUGCCAUCGCUGAACUCUGGUCAGACAUCGACUCCAUCUUCUCCUUCGACUCCACCUCUUCCGUCCGCUCUCAAGCUAAGAACUCACUCACGAGGCUAGGCGACACUAUUCGAGCCAUGCUGUCGGAGUUCGAAUCCGCCAUUGAGAAGGAGACAUCGAAAACCCCUAUCCUGGGAGGUAGUCUUCAUCCUCUGACUCGAUACGUGAUGAAUUACCUGUCUUUCCUCACCGAUUACAGCGGAAUCCUCUCCGAUAUAUUGGCCAAUUCCCCAUUGCCGGAGAGCGUUUCUCUGCCGGAGUCUUACUUCAAAAGCUCUGACCCUCACGAGAAUCCAUCGUCGAGGUUAGCCAUUAGGAUGGCUUGGAUCAUACUGGUGCUCCUCUGCAGACUCGAUAGCAAGGCGAAGCUAUACCAAGAAACGGCCUUGAAGUAUCUCUUCCUCACCAAUAAUCUCGCGUACGUGGUGCAGAAGGUCCAAAACUCCAAUCUGAGGUUUCUGAUGGGAGACGAUUGGGUAUCGAAGCACGACGCGACGGUGAUACAGUACACAGCGAGGUUUGAGUGGUUAGGAUGGAACAAGGUGUUAUCGGCCAUACCAGAAAAUUCGGUGGUGGCGACGACAAUGACUUCAAAGGAGGUCAAACAGUGUUUCAACAACUUCAAUUCCGAGUUCGAGCAGGCAUACAGAACUCAAUCGUCGUGGGUCGUGAUGGACAGCAAGCUUAGGGAAGAGAUUAAACUGUCCAUCGCCAAGAAACUCGUGCCGGCGUACCGGGAUUUCUAUGGUAAGUAUCGGGCCUUGGUGAGAAGCGAGAACGAUAUGGAACCGAUUGUCAGGUUCGUUCCUGAUGAUGUGGGGAACUACUUAUCGGAUCUGUUCUACGGGACCAGACCUUCCGGGAGUGCUUCAUCGUCGACGUCUUCUUCUCCGGCACAAUCGCGAGGGAAGCACUCCAGGCGGUGAUGAAACACGGGAGAGACUGUGUUUUUAAGAUAAGAGAGGGUAAUUUGAAAGAGACGGCUAAAAGAUUCUCUGCCAUGACUCAAGAAUCAUAGUCAAGAAUUGGGUAAAACUGCUAAUGAUAAUUGGCAUGUGUUCAUGUGGGAUGUGGUGUUUCUAGGCAAUUGGCUGAUAAAUUAUCCUGAAAAAGCAGAGCCCGAGACAAAUUCCAGUGAUUCUGACUGAAAUAGAAGCUUUUGGAUCAAAAUUUUGUACAUAUUCAAUUUCUCCAUACUG